AUGGUUUUUUUUGGUAAUAAUAUUACAAGAGUUGCCACUCAAACUACACAAGGUUGGCGUGGUUUAAUCAAGUCUUAUAUCAUCACAACGGCUGCAAUUGGUUCAAGUGUAGGAAGUGGUGAUCUUAUAUGUCAAUACAUCGAAAGUCAUAAACAGAAGCCAAAUGGUAAACCUAUUACACCAUCAUCAUCUCCUGUACUGUCAUGGUGGGAUCGUGAACGAUCUCGAAUUAUGGUUACAGCAGCUGUUCUCGUAUCAACGCCUUGGUCCUUCACAUUGGCAAGAGUAGUUGAACGAUUAUUUCCAGGUAAACAAGGUAUUCAAAUUGCGAAGAAAAUCUUGACCAAUACACUACUUGCACCGAUUAACAUCAGUAUUGUCUUCACAACGAUUGUCCUACUGCAAGGUCAUUCUCUUAGUGUAGCGAGAACCAAAAUUAAAAAUGAUAUGCCAAAAACAUUUGCAGUCGGAUCAUGUUAUUGGCCAUUCGUCUCCUUUAUUAAUUUUCGAUUCAUACCAUUAGAAUAUCGACCGAUUGUUGGAAGUAUUGCUGGAGCUGCAUGGAAUAUCUAUGUUUCUUCAGCUGCAAAUAAUCCAAAAUUAAAUCCAGAUGGUACUAUACAAACAUCAGAAGGAGCAGGACCAGGUGCAACUUUAUUAGCUGAAACUAGUGGAACAGCAGUACCAGCAUUACAAGAAGCAUGGAAAACAACGGACAAGAACAAAAAAGAACGGUAG